UUAUUUCAGGAACUAGCAAAGGAAUUUUCCACAUGGUCGAGGACGUUAGACGAUAUUGGUGUGUGGUUACAGGAAGGCGAACGCCAAAACAACGAGCGAUUCCACGAUCAGUUCGCUCAUGCCAUGAACACUUUUUCGGAAUUGAGCGACAAGUUUGCUGAAUUCAAACAUCCGAAAUCGUUUGUGGAAAAACUCGAACGAACCGUUCACAAACUAGAUGACAUUGAGAAUGCCUUAGACGACAUGACAGGUAUCGAAGCGAUUUUCUGUGCGGAAUCUUUGGAUGAAGCUAGAUGCUUAGUGAAGAAACUUAUAACACUCGAAGAAGAUGUGCGUAGCUUAGAAAAAGGCAAAGAGCAGUUGAUUCAGGAAGGAAUUUUCGACAAGGAAUCUGCUGCGCCUUUUACAGAGAAGAUCCGGUUGUGUAAGAAAAAGACGAAAGAACUCGGAUUGAGAGCCGAGGAUACGGUCGAACGUCUAGACGAUUGUGUAGAUAUGUAUAGCAAGCUGUUGAAAGAAUCUGAGGCUGUGGAAGAGUUUCUGGACCAGCUGGAAUAUCGCCUUGAUAAAUACGCAUCUGAAGACAAAGCAAAUGAUGAAGAGGUAGUCGAUGAGCUGGUUAGCGAAUGGAAUCGCCAUGAAGCGUCACUGAAGAAUCUUGAAGAACUGGAACGUAUUCUUCGUGAAAACGCUAUAAAAAUCAGUGAAAGUGUCUGUAUGGAAAAACGACGCCGAGCUGAUGCGCUUAAAAUGCGACUGGACGGCUGGAGUAGGACUGUGCAGAUCGCCAGCUCUUUGCGAUUUCUACGCGGCGAUCGCGACCGGCUUUCGUCGCGUGCGCGAAAACUCGCUGCAAUCAAUCCGCGAAUGGCAAAAGCGAAUCUGUGCGGCGACGUGACGGAACGCUGGCAGCAGCUUGAAUCUCGACUACACGCGCCGCCUUCCGCGCCGCACCUGCGAUGA